AUGGACACAUUUUUCUUGGAGGUGCACGGCAAAAGGACAGGGGGCAAUGGGCACAAGCUGCAAUAUGUGAAAUUCCAAUUAGAUAACAGGAAGAAAAAUCACAGUGAGGGUGGUCAGACUUUGGAACAAACAGAAAGAAUUUACUUUCAAGUAUUUUUACCAAAGGGGAGCAAAGAGAAAAGCAAGCCCAUGUUCUUUUGCAGUAAGUGGAGUAUUGGCAAAGUAGUAGAUUUUGCAGCUGCUUUAGCAAGCCUUAAAAAUGACAACAACAAAUCAACAUCCCAGAAAUUGAGAUUAUGCCAUACUGCCUCUGGAGAAGCCUUGCCAUUUGAACACACAUUGGAAACAUGGCUAUCUGAUAAAGACUAUCCAUUGUACAAUGGUGGAAAUAUAAUUUUGGAGUAUCUUGAUAAUGAUGUUCUAUUUAUAGAAGAUACAGAGUCGUACUUUAGUUAA